UCCUCACGAAUCACGGAGCUCCAACGGCUAACCUACAAAAGCGGGAUUGUAGGGAUUGGAGGGUGUCUAUGUGUGUGCAGGCCGCGUGAGCGAAUACCACACUUGCAUAAGUCAUGACGGGGUUAUAUACAUCUGUUCAAGAAUGUGGCAGAAAUAUAAAAAAUAAAUUAUCGGUGAUGUGGUAGAAUUUUAUAAAGAAGGGUCAUUUUAAUGUUUGUAAAAGUUUUAAUAUGACUAAAAUAAUUUGACCAAUUAGAAUAAAUAAAGAACAAUUGUAUUUAGGUUCAUUGAAACAGUCUUCCUUGUGGUAUAUUAUCGAUACUAAUAUCGAUAAGAUCCAACCACUAGCACAUUCUAAGUGAUGUGACUGACAUUUUGUUUUCAUUUGCGUGUUAAAUAAGUUCUUUUCUUACCUAUCUACUACCUAUUUUAGAUGAUUAUCAAUCUAAUCUUUUAAUCAUGUCCAACGAUUACGGUUUUAAUAGUGAUGAUUCCCCCAAUAAAACAAACUCGCAUUUGCAAUUACCUAGUCCGAUUAUAACUCGGCGAAAUCGAACAGCGUCGACAUCAGAAAGGGCUUUAGGUAAUCCAUUGGAAACUGGUAAAAUCAAGACGUUCUGCAGAGAGAAAGGUCACGGAUUUGUGAAACCUGAAAAAGGGGGCGAAGAUAUAUUUCUCCAUAUAUCUGAUAUCGAAGGUGAAUAUGUACCCCUGCCUGGUGAUGAAGUUAUAUAUCGACUUUGCCCAAUCCCACCUAAGUUCGAAAAAUUUCAAGCUGUCCAUGUGCGCAUAAUUCAUCUCACUCCGGAGAAACACGUCAAGUGGGACGAACCACCUCUGUAACAAUUAAGAACCCUAGAUAUGUAACCUUCUUCGUUUUAAUGCAAGGCCUCUUGCCAUCGAACUACCCUUCUUAUCUUAUAAACUUGAAUGUAAGAAUGUAAUGUGUGUGUUGUUGACCAGUCUUGUGCACUAUCAUAAUAAAAAAAAACCUACUUCUGUUAUUAAUCUAUGCACCAAGUAACUUUAAGCUUUAAUAUGGUGAUUUUGCUAAUAAUUUGUUUUCAUUGAUUCAAAUGACACACGAACAAUUUGGAUCAUAUUAAUAUAGAUCACAAAACAGUAUUUUAACGAAAGUGAGAAGCCAAUAUGUGGUGCUAAAUUUUGGAUGGUUUUACCAACAUCUUUAAAGUUGUAUUAUGUAAAAUGGUGAAAAAAGGCUUGUCAUUUGCUUACAUUAUGAAUGUUAUUUGUUUUAUCAGUAGAUGGCUUUAUCACCAAAUUGGCCUAAUUUUAUGACAUUUACAUUGUUAUGUUUGCAUAGAUAUUAUGUAAGUAUCAUCAAGCAUAUUCAAAUGAAAUGGUUUUUCAGAUACAGAAUAGUAAUAUGUCUGUAUAAAGUUAAAUGCUACCAUAUAAUAUUGUAAACAAGUAUCUCUUAGCAUUAGUCGUGAUUUGCACAAACUUUGAAUUAGCCACCCAAAUGUGACCUUACUGAUAAAUUGUUAAUUUAUAGUCACUUGUGAAACUACCGUCUAAUUACACUAUCGUCCAAAAGUUUGGAAACAGCCAGGUAAACUCUAAUAAAAGACAAAAAAAUCAUCAAGAUCUUUUUAUUAUGAUCUUAAAUUAAAAAUUGAACAAUAACGUAUGUAAACGAAAUAAGAAUUUAAAAUACAAAAUGAUUAUUUACUUAAACCUUAGCCUCAUCGAAGUGUCCACGUUUUUCUUUUAUUAUCUUCUCGAAUAUUUUAAUCAUCCUAUUAAUUAUUCUUUAAUUCCACAUCCAACUUUUUCUAUUCGCUCUGUCGAGUUUAUCCCAAACAAAUUAUAUGAGAGUAGAUGGCCAUAGCAUGUUUUUUAAAAUCUUUUCAACUUUCUUCUUGUUCAAAAAGUUCGGAUAGAUUUUCGACGAAUGCCUAAGAUCAUUAUCUUGUUUAAAUAUGAAUUCACGAGCAACGUGAUUCAGUACAGUGGGUAUGGCGACGUCUUUGAGAAUUUUCAAUUAGCCUUCUUUAUUUAGUUUUUCAGUUAUCUUUAUGUGAACAAUCUUGAAAUGCAGUGAAAAAUAUUUUUAAAACAAUUUAUUAUUCGGCGUCGGCGUGUCGGCGAUCUUCUUUUUUGUGCUUACAAACUUUUGGACGGUAGUAGACGGUUUAUUAUAUCCGCAUGGGUAAAUAUUAUUACGCUGCCUAUUUCUGUAGCGAAACAGCUUUGAAGGGUGCGAUAGAAGUUAACAAUCGACAUUACGACCUCACGUUGAAGGCGGAUGGCGACACUCACAUAGUUAUGUCUAUGGGCUCCCGUAACCACUUAACACUAAGAGCUCGAUCACCCGUCUAUGAAAUAAUAAAAUUACGUGAAUAUUUUAAUAUAAUGCAUUCCUUAAGCAUAUAAUAUGAAGCUUGUAAAUGUUGUGAUUCAAAGUACAUAUUUGAACAUUGUGACUGUUUAUUUGCAUAAAUGUUUUAUGCUUUAUUAUGAUUUAAUUUAAAACUUUAGUACAGCGAAUAUACAUGAUAUGUGUAAGGACAA